GAGCCAAUGGGGGUGCAUAGGUCAGGGGUGGGGCCCAACGGUGCCCGUAACCCAUUCCUUCCAUCCCUCUCCUCAGCAGGGUCCAGUCCUGAGCAGCACACGGCGGGGCCGCCGAGCCCGGGCAGGAGUGCCAGGAACAAAGGGGAGCAGGCGCCUGAGAGCAGGAGUGUAAACCACACCUGCCCCACCCCCUUCAACCGCCCUGGCAGCCGUGCCAGCGAAUGAGGCCCGCAGAGCCCAGGGGGUGGGAGGAGAACCCUGCCUGAAGGGAGAAGAAGGGCCUGGGGGAGUUUUUCAGGGCCCAUCGCCACUUGCAACCACCUUCUGGCCCCAGCAACACUCUGCCCAGCUCCCUGGACCAGCUGGCCUCAAGGCUCUCAGAUGGUCCCACCGAGCACUCCAUCCUCUCCUCCCCCAGCUUGAGGCAGAAGCCGGGGGCCAUGUUGUAGCCAGGCGGUGGGCUGUGGCUGUGAUGCGAGCAGGAUGACAGGGCACAGCCCCAGUGCCCGUCCCCGUCACCAGCCUGGUGGUGAGACUGAGCAGGGAAUGGCAGUCCAACAGGCUGGCAGGCCCAUCGGCAGCAGCACCCCAGAACUCUGUUUCAAGUUGUUUCCAAUCAGGAGGUAAUCCAUCAGGACAGAAGGUUCAGUAAAACCAGCUUAACCAUAACAGUUCUGAAGGCAGGAGGAGAAGCGGAUGACAGAGGAUGAGAUAGUUGGAUGGCAUCACCGAUUCAGUGGACAUGAGUUUGAGAAAGUUCCAGGAGAUGGUGAAGGAAAGACAGAUCCAGAUUCUCAUCCUCGCCCCUACCUUUGGCAACAAUGGAUAAAGAAGCAGAGGGAAAACGGAAAGCAGUCCAAGAGGCUGGCAUCAUAAAACUGGAAGUCUUCUUAAGGAGUUACAUCACACCUCCCCACAAAGAAAAUUAAGCUUUUGGCCCUUCUCAUCAGGAUGGAAAUGCUACUGUUUGGUGUCUGGGCCCUGCUGGCCUUGAUCCCUGACCCAGGAGCCGCAGAAGAGCGAUUUGAGGUUUCUGUUUGGCCAGAUCAGGCCCUUGUAAAGUAUGGACAGUCCCUUACGGUCAACUGCAGCACUACCUGUCCAGACCCAGGACCCGGUGGAAUUGAAACCUUAUUAAAGAAAACCCAGGUGGGCAAAGGGCCUCAGUGGAAGGAGUUUCUGCUGGAAGAUGUCACACAGAAUUCCAUCCUGCAAUGCUUCUUCUCUUGUGCAGGGAUUCAAAAGGACAUAAACCUUGGCAUCACUGUGUACCAGCCACCAGAGCAGGUGAUCGUGGAGCUGCAGCCUGCGUGGGUGGCCGUGGAUGAAGCUUUCACGGUGACAUGUCAUGUGCCCAGUGUCACACCCCUGGAGAACCUCAUCCUCACCCUUCUCCAGGAUGACCAAGAACUACAGCGGAAGAAUUUUAGGAGCUUAGCUAUGGCUUCCCAGAGAGCUGAGGUCACCAUCAAUGUCAAAGCCCAACGGGAGGAUGACAGGUGCAAUUUCUCCUGCCAUGCAGAACUGGACCUGAAUUCACAUGGUGGGGGGCUCUUUCACAGCAACUCAGCCCUCCAGGUACUCCGAAUCUUUGAAUUUUCUCAGAGCCCCCAAAUCCGGGUCUCUUCACUUCUGGAGGUUGGGAUGGCAGAAACGGUGAGCUGCGAGGUGGCUAGGGUGUUCCCAGCCGAAGAGGUAAUGAUCCACAUGUUCCUUGGAGACCAGGAGCUUAGCCCCUUUCUCUUCUGGGAGGGAGACACAAUAUGGGCCAAUGCCACCGUUCGGGCCAUGGAGAUUGGUGAUCAGGAGCUGUCUUGCCUUACAUCUCUGGGUCCAGUGGAACAGAAAACAAGCCAGCCAGUGUAUGUCUAUAGCUUCCCUCCACCAGUCCUGGAGAUAGAAGAAAUGUACCCAUUGGCAGGGACAGAAAUUAACGUGACCUGCUCGGGGCAUAUUUUAACAUCCCCGAGCCCUACUCUGCGGCUUCAGGGAGCCCCACAUCUUCCUGCGCCUGGGGAGCCUGCCUGGCUUUCACUUAAUGCCAGUGAGGAAGAUGAUGGCCGGAAUUUAUCCUGUGAGGCCUCCUUGGAGGUUCAGGGUCAGCAGUUGAGCAAAACCACUGUGAUCCAACUCCAUGUCUUGUACAAGCCACGAUUUGAGGAAUCUGGUUGCCCUGGCAACCAGACCUGGCUGGAAGGGAUGGAGCAGAUGCUUGCCUGUGUCCCAAAGGGAAACCCGACACCGGUCUUGAUAUGUACCUGGAAUGGAACAGUCUUUGACCUUGAAGUGCCACAGAAGGCGACGCAGAACCACUCUAGAACCUACUGCUGCACAGCCACCAACCAGCUGGGCUCUGUCAGCAAAGAUGUUGCGGUCCUUGUUGAAGGACUGGAUGAAGGAGUCAGUUCUACCGUCUUGGUGAUUAUUAUUGUCGCCCUUGGAGUGGGUGUGAUCACCGUAGCACUGUAUCUAAACUAUCGGCCCUGCAAAGUGGAGAGGAGGAAAUUGCCCUAUAGGCAGAAGGAGAAGAACAAAGAAGAGGAAAGCCAGUUUGCUGUUCAACAAGCAGAAAAGCACAAUGAACAUAAUUGUUAAUUAGAAAGUUACUUGGUUGAAGGCAACCUCUACCACUGGGGUUUCCUAAGAGAGGGAAGGAGGGGGUGGAAGAGAAAGGGAGACGUUAUCUUCUGUUCUGUGAUCCCAAAAAGCAAUAUUUCUGGUCCUCAUCCUGAGGAUCCAAUCCAGCCACAAGCCCAACUCCUGUAAGAAUCCAGUCCCACUUUUCAACUAGUGAGUGGGCCUUUUGCUCCUUGUGUGUUCAUCAGUCCACUCUCAGAUUCAGAAAAGAAGUGCCUUGUCAUCCCCAUUCCCACUGCCCUUUGCUCCCAAACAUCAGAUGGAAGAGAUAGCCAGAAAUAUCUCUGAAAUACAGUGCAUUUCUCAUGGUUUCCUCAUGACUAAAUGGGAACCAAUUUCUUAGUCUAGGGACCAGAGUUUGAAGGUAGUCAGUACCUAGCAAAGGGCUAGGAAUCAAAAGCCAGUUCCCGCCUAUAUAUUACACAUUCUGGGCUCCCCUAAUGGGGAAUUCAGGAAUACUGGCUCCAGAGCUGAGCUUGGUAACAUCAUUAAGGCUCAGUGGCUAAUUAGGCUUCAAUUCCCUAACCACCUGCUGUGUGCCCUAGAAGAGUAUACAGAUCAUAAGAAAUUCCACAUUGGGUCAGACAAGCAGCUUUCCUAGCCCAGUGUUCUGUCCUUGAAGUGGAAGAUAAGAGUUCUUCCUUGAAAUUGGGCUCUAAACAUCUCUGAAUUACUCUUUAGAAAUCAGUUAUAGAGUAAAUCAUCUGAGUUAAUAUUAAACAUAUUUUUUUUUACCUGUACAAGCUCUUAGGGUAGAAUCCCAAUGUUUAUUCUACUUUUCCGUAUAUAAGUAUAUAUUUUUAUAUGUCUGCAAACUUUCCUUUAAGCUUCAGGAGAACUCCUCAUAUGACUGUUCACCAUAUGAUAGAGCUUGCUUUUCUGUUCAUUGGAAAGAUUAUAUUCAACCCUUAGAGAAGAUAUAAAUAUUUCUAAAACCAGUCUUUUCUCCCAAAUCAGUUAUAUAUGGGUCACUGAAGUGUUGGAUAUGAUAAAAAUAAAAGUGAUUUUACAUUAUC